AUGCCUUCACAAUCGUCGCAUUUGCCAAUUAGACGAGUAUACGACAUCAAAUGCAACCGAAUAUUAGAAACAAUCAAAUUUAACGGCAAUUCAUCGCAUUACAAUUGUGAACCCAGUCAAAAGGACUCCAAUGUUAAAGUUGAUGUCAAAAUUUGUGCUUUAAGUUAUCCAACGGAUUUUCAUCAUCAAUUGUACAACGUUGUACCAAGUAAACGGAUCAUUGUCAAGAAGCAUAGUUUUGAGAGCCACAAUAAGACUCGACGAGUGAAGUUCUUGGUGUAUCCAUACACUACGUGCCACUUAGAAGGUAUCCAUAACGACUCCCAUUGCUGUUGUAGCUUAACUUACGGUGAAGAUUUGGAUGGUGGACUUCAAGAAUCAUUGUAUGUUCCCAAACAAUUACUCAUCCCGAUCCCACAAAAUGUGAGUUUGCAUGAUGUUUGUUUCAUAUGGGACAUUAUACUUCCCUUCUACGUUUAUUCAACUUAUAUAACAAAUCAAACAUGCAUACUUUUAAAUGAUAUCAAACGGGAAAUAAAUGAGGUUUUAAUCAUACUCAAUCAUCUCAACAUUGAUCAACGUGCAAUAACAAUCCUUGAUGAGACAACAAUGUCGCUGAAGUAUGCUGACAAAUUUGAUACGGUGUUUUGUUUCAAUUCAAAGUUGGCCCAAUUUGCUGAAUUCUGUUGUCAACCGCCUACAGCUGCAUUGGGUCUUAUACACAAACGUCAACGAUUAUCGAAAAUUUUGACCAAUUUCCCCAUUGUGGCGAAAUCAAGUGACAAAACAUAUCACUAUAUGAAACUUGGAUAUGAUGAUGAGAAAUCCUGUAUUGAGUUGUUGCAAAUUAUUCGGGAUUUAAACAAUAAUCGAAGCGGGUACCAGGGACUAAAUGACUCCACUACCCAGCCAAGGAAUAAUUCCACCACAACAACAGUGUCAUCAUCCUCGGCAAGUACUUCAGACGCAAAUUCACUACGGCAAGAACAUAUGGAUAACAAAUCGGUAACCACUACGUCAAACUCAAGUCGAGAGCUGCAUAGCAAGGGCCAUUGUACCUGGUUUUGGAGUGAUGAAGAUGUUGAUUUGACAAACUAUAGUGACUUGAGCCUUGAGAUGGAUCAAAGCUUCGAUGAUGACGAGGAAAGAGGCGAUGUAAAUGAUGAUUACGAAAGCAGAGUGGUCCAUGACAUGAAUAAAAAAUUGAAUAGUUCCAAACCUCAUCGCGUGUGCUAUUUCAAUCGAAAGAUAAAACCCAGUGUCAACGUUAGUAUCAUUUGA